AUGGAGAAGAAGAGAAUGACUGGAAGAGGAGCCAGCUACCUCUGCGUUGCUUCUCUCCUCUGUCCAGUGCUGCACCUGGUGCGGGUGGUCACCUGUGUUCCUGUCAGUGACCUACUGGACCGGGCAUCUCAGCACUCGGACCAACUGCACUCCCUCAGCACCGUUCUGACCCAUGACCUGGACUCGCACUUCCCCCCGCUGAGCCGGAUGCUGAUGUCUCGACCCCCCAUGUGUCACACCUCCUCUCUACCGACCCCUAUUGACAAGGAGCAAGCCCUGCAAGUCUCAGAGUCAGGCCUGUUGUCUCUGGCCCGGGCUCUGCUUCAGGCCUGGAUGGAGCCGCUGACGGUCUUGUCCUCGACAGUCCGCUCGCUUCCUCACCCGGCCCAGAGCAGCAUGAUCAGCACCAUGCAGGAGCUGCAGGACCACGCCAGGACGCUGGAAGAGGGACUGGAUGCCCUGUCCAGCAAGCUGGACCCUGUGGUCACGUUGGCCCCGCUGCCCUACAGAGGAGGCCGCAGCCUCGGUCAGGACCGACUGUCCAAGCUCACCAACUUCCACUUCCUGUUGUCCUGCUUCCGCCGUGACUCUCACAAGAUCGACAGCUUCCUAAAAGUCCUUCGCUGCCGAAUGGCGACGUCGCAGCCUCAGCUGUGUUAG